CAGCCGCGGAGGCCUCUUCCUGUCCCCGUCUCUGUGCCGCCCGGCCACUGCCAGACUCGCUCUCGGGCUCCCACUGCUGCCUCCUCGCCCAGCCAUGUGCACAGGGAAGUGUGCCCGGCUGGUGGGCCUCUCCCUAGUGCCCAUGGGCCUGGCCUGCAUCCUGGCCAACAUCCUCCUGAUGUUCCCCAAUGCUGAGCGGCGCUGGACGCCCGACAACCUCACACUGCAGGUGUGGCUGAUGGGGGGCCUCCUUGGUGGGGGGCUGAUGGUCCUCUGCACCGGCUGCUCAGCUGUGCGGGCCGGCGGGAAAGGCUGCUGCGGAUACGGCUGCUGCGGAAACCGGUGUCGGAUGCUGCGCUCCGUCUUCUGCUCCGUCUGGGGGGGCCUGGGGGGCUUCUACUGCCUCGUGGUGUCCGCCACAGGCCUGGCCAACGGGCCCUGGUGUGAGACGCAAAGUGGGAAAUGGGAGACUCCCUUCAAAAAUCUCAACCAGAGCUACCUGCACGACCAGACUCUGUGGAGCCAGUGUGUGAACCCUCCCCAAGUGGUGCUCUGGAACAUCGUCCUCUUCUCCAUCCUGCUGGCGCUGGGCGCCCUGGAGGUGGUGCUGUGUGGGGUGCAGGUGGUGAAUGGCCUCCUGGGGACGAUGUGUGGGGACUGUCGCAAGGCAGCUGACCGUGAGGGCGAUGGCCUGUGAGGCUGGCUGCGUCCUGGGAUCCGGCUGGGCGGCCGCCCGUGAGACUGUCCCCUUUCCAGGCUCCUCCCACCCCCCAAAACAUUCUGCCAUCCCUUUACCCCUCCUGGUUCCAAAGGUGCUGAGAAACCAAACCCCCCCCCGGUGAAAAAUAAACACUCUUGUUGUGAA